AUGUUGGACAUGUGUUGGACAUGUUGGACAUGUUGGGCAUGUGUUGGACAUGUUGGACAUGUGGCCACAGACUGAAGCUGAUUAACUCUCUCUCUCUCUCUCUCGCUCGCCCUGCAGCAGAUGGUCUCUCUCUCUCUGUCUCAGGUUUCCAUGACGAUGUGUCCUCAGCCGUCGUCCUCCAACAUUCAGAUUAUUAGUUGGUUUGAGCCCGAAGACAAAGCACGAUGAUGCUGAAUGAUCGCUGGACCAUCAUGAACAACAGCAGUUCAGAGCUCGACAGCAAACGGCCAAAAGCUAGCCAGAGAUGCUGCAGCUUCCUAUUAUGGUCUGUUGUCGUGCUGGUCGUCAUGGCAGCUGUCACCACAGCAACAGUCGCCAUCUUGUACUUGAACGAUGUUCCUCUGCCCUUCAUCAGCCGGGGCGUCUCAUCUCCUGUGAUUUCGACCAAUCCCAGACAGUCCGGUCCCCUGGUGUCCGUGUCCCACGCUGGUGAAGAACCAAUCAGCAUCUUCCUGGACCCAAACUGUCCAGACCUUAGUGAGGACGUCCUGCGGUGGGAGGAGCUGCAGAACUCGAUGCUCACAGCGCUGACCAAUCACAAGGCAGAUGGCUGGCAGGAGGCGGGGCUAGUCCACAGCAUGGCACAGGACCUCAAAAUGAUAGCAGGCCACACCCACCACCUGAAGCUGGAAGCUGAUUCGUUAAAGAGAGGUCAAGGUGUGCUAGAGAAACGUCUGGACGGAGUUCAGAGUGAAACGAGUCGCAUGAUCCAGGUAAUCUCUGACAAUUUAAAGAUGAUCUCAGGUUUCACUGAUUCUCUGGUCGACAUCCAGAGGGAGACAGAAACACUGAGGAGACACACGACUGAGACGAGGACAGACAACACACACACAGGUGUCUGUGUCCCAUGUGUCUCAGGUGCCCCAGGUGUCCGGCCUAGAGACUGUAUGGACGUCUUGGCUGCAGGUUUCUCUCAGGAUGGAGUUUAUUCUGUUUUUCCUCCUCACGACACAAACGGCUUCAGAGUUUACUGCGACAUGACAACGGACGGAGGAGGAUGGACGGUGAUCCAGAGGAGGGAGGACGGUUCGGUGAACUUCUUCAGAGGAUGGGGGGCGUACAGAGACGGCUUUGGAACAACCACAGGAGAACACUGGCUGGGUCUACAGAGGAUCUACUCCCUGACCAGCUCAGGUGGUGUAGAGUUACGUAUCGACAUGGCCGACUUCGACAACGCAACAGCUUUCGCUCAUUAUUCAGAUUUCUCUGUUGGUCGAGAUUCAGUGAAUCCAGAUGAGGACGGGUAUCCGCUGACAGUGGACGGCUACUCCGGGACUGCAGGCGACUCCCUCCUGAAGCAUUCUGGCAUGCGGUUCACCACCAAGGACCGAGACCAGGACCAAUCAGAGAACAAUUGUGCAGCCUACUACCAGGGGGCGUGGUGGUACCGCAACUGCCACACCUCCAACCUGAACGGCCAGUACCUGGGAGGGGGCCACGCCUCCUAUGCUGAUGGCGUGGAGUGGUCCAGCUGGACAGGUUGGCAGUACUCACUGAGGUUCACAGAGAUGAAGAUACGACCAAGCAGCAAGCCAGAGACCCCUGACCCCCGACCUCCGACCUCUGACCUGUCCUAAAAUUUGUCGACAUUUUAUAAAAAGUGACAUUUGAAGUAAAAUCUACAUCAGUUGUUUUAAAGUGUUCGAUGUGUUGUGGUCCUUAAAGUUUGAUACUGAUCAUUGAUUGAUUGAAUGAUUGAUUGAUUGAUUGACAUUAAAUAGUUUCUUCCUCUGUUCAGAGUAUCUACAUGUUUUAUUAAACAUGUAAAUAAACAUCUAACAAAUCUA